UGAGAUGCAGUGAACAUAAACAAAUUUUAUGAAAACUAAAGUAAAACAUAAAAAACAAUAUGAACUUUAAUUCUUAAACUAGUGUACAAAUUUGAAAAGGCGGAAAACAAUCAGGUUCACCCGAACGAUUCAAACACAAUUAAACAACAUGGGUAGAUCAACAACAAGUAGGACGAUGGAUAAAGUCAAAGGAACCCCUAGAGUGAAUAAAGACAUACCCAAAACAAGAACAAGUAAAGGCACCAGGGACAAUUCCAGACGCUACCGGGAGAAAAUCAAAAAUGAUCCCAUCAAAUUAGAGGAAUAUCGGGCCAGAGAAGCUGAAAGAAGUAGGAUAUAUCGCAAGAAAAUAAAUGAAGUGGUCAAAAAGAACAAAAAGGCCCUCAAAUCAAAGAGGGAAACCGAUCGGCUCAGACAACAAAGAUAUCGGGAUAAAAAAAAGGAAGAAAUCGCAAAACAAAAGUCAAUGGAAGAAAUAUUUAGAAAACUCGAGCGAGCACUGCCCAAAAAAAUGGACCAAAAGAUUGAAGUUAUUAAAGUAUUAUAUAGUAAAUAUGUUGAACCUGAAAUCAGCGAGUCUUAAAGUCGCAAAUGCUGAGCCGUCUUUUGACAAAUACAAAUAAUGGAGGUAGACAUUUUAAAAACUAGCUAUCAAUUCUGCUUUAAACUGUUCUGUUUAUAAGUUUGCUAACCAUUCAAAUGAUCUUUUUAAUGACCUAAUCAAAUACACUUUACAGUAGCGGCAAAGAAAUCCGGGCAGGCAAAAAAAAAUGAUCGUUUCGUAUAUUUUAAAAAAUUUUUUAUUUUUAUCAAACGAAUUAAAUUAAU